AUGUCGACGCGCAAGAGGAAGCAGGAGGCCGAGGAGGAAGAGGAGCUCGUCGCGCUGCCUUCCGACGAGAGCGACGAGGAAGAAGAAUACGAAGACUCCGAGGUAUCCUUUGAUGACGAUGACGCAUCUGAGGAUGACGACGAAGAAGAAGAAGAAGAAGCCGAGCCGCAACCUAAGAAGCGCAAGACAACCAGGCAGGCCAAGGCCGAUGCCGAGGAGGAAGACGAAGAACCCGAAGCCGUGGCGACAGACGACGAGGAAGCCGGCAAUGGCGAAGUCGCCGCCGACGAGGGCCCCGACGAUGACGAAGCCGAGCCCGAAGUCGCUGAUGAGGAGGCCGAGGACGAGGCCCCUGCUGAUACUGCGGUUAAGGGUGGCCCCACAGCAAAGGCGAAGGCGGCGAAGGCUGCCGACGUGCCCAAGCAGGCGGAAUUGAAGGAAGUCGAGUCGGAAGCGUAG